ACGCCUCCAACCGGUGGCAGAGACAAAAGAAAUCUGCUUAUUUAGUAAACACUUUAGCGCUGCCGUUGGGCCAAUAAAGGCGACGUGGCAUCGUCGCGCAACGAGUGCAACAUAAAAAUACGACCAUGAAUUAACGUUAAAACAUUGCCAAAAAGGCAGCCGGGCUGCCGGACUGGAGUCCUGUGCCACAGGCUCCUGUUGCCGCAAACAAACACAUAAAAAUGUUGUGGACGCACCGCAUGGCGUGGUCUGGUCGGGUCGGGUCGGGUCUGGACUGGUCUGGUCUGGUCUGGUCUGGACGAGGCCGCGCCUGGCCUGCUGUUGUGGUCCUGGCCAUAGCUGGCGUGAAAAAUCAUUUAAUUUACUACACAAACACAAAGAAACACUGCGCAAGGGCAGGACACGCGGCACAGCGGCCUAACAAUAUGAACAGCCAAUUACCCCAAGGAAAAAACCUGGAGGCACACUACGGAGCUCGGGACACUUCUGACACAGUACAAUCACAUGUGAUGCGCCUUAAGCUCGGCUUCCUCAUAAAUAUGACACUCUAUUAAUUGCGGUAAAAACAACUUUGCAACAACUUCGGAGUGUGGGGCGCAAUUAAAAUGCUGCCAAAGAACUUUAAGUUCGCGACAAGCUUUACGAGGGGCAGCGGGUGCGAUGCUGGCAUGCGAUAUGGUUGCGAUAUGCCCGCCGCCCGCUGCCAUUAUUUUAAUUGUGCCAUUGGGUACGGUGGUCAACUUAAGGAUAAAGAUUUAACCAACUCAUAAAAGAAAAACAAUAACGACAGGAGCACACCCUCUGCUCGCCUGAGCACAGAAACUUCUCACGUAGAGAGUCGGCCCGCAUUGUGUGACAUCCACUUUGGGUUAAAGACUCUUGAUCUUAUACGGCUUAAUUAUCUUUGAUAUAGACUGAUUGCUCAGGUCAUUAAGGAAUAUUUCCACCUGUCUGUCCGAAUAUAUUUAUGUCUAACUCACGUCAUUAAGGACGUUUUCAAGCCAACUCAAACAUAUAUAUUUAAUUUAAUUCUUACAAAUUUACAAAUAUCCGCGAAAGUUUCUUAUUUACGAAUAAAAUACUAGGAAAUCGACCGUAUAUAUAAAUUCCCAUUUAUAUCAUAUAUGAACAACAAUAAACAAACAUAUUUUAAUAUGUACUUACCGCAAACUUCACAUCCACAAUUUUUUACAUCUAUCAGUAGGUGCGAGGCCAAAUUACUGAAAAAAAAAAAACAAAAGAUGAAGAGAACGGGUAAGAGCAAAAUAAAAGAAUAACUCGAGAGAGAGUGCAGUUCUUACUGGAACUCAUGAGAAUUGCAUAGAAGAGCGAUAAAGAAUACGAGAAAAGAAUACGUUACAGCGCAUUGGGUAAAGUUAAAACAAAAUUCAAUGCAAAUCUCGACUGCGUUUAAUACUUAACUUACAUACAUACUUAUAUAAU